AUGGGGAAUAAAUUGGGGAGGAGGAAGCAAAUGGUGGACGAGAAGUACACUAAGCCUCAGGGAUUGUACCAACAUAAAGAUGUGGACCACAAGAAGCUUAGAAAACUCAUUCUCGACUCGAAGCUGGCACCUUGUUACCCUGGUGAUGAUGAAUGUGGCUGUGAUCUUGAGGAAUGCCCCAUUUGCUUCUUGUACUAUCCAAGUCUUAAUCGGUCGAGAUGUUGCAUGAAAGGCAUUUGUACAGAGUGUUUUUUGCAGAUGAAAACCCCUAAUUCUACUCGGCCUACGCAAUGUCCUUUCUGUAAAACCUCAAAUUAUGCUGUGGAGUAUCGAGGUGUUAAGACGAAGGAGGAGAAAGGCUUGGAGCAAAUUGAAGAACAACGAGUUAUAGAGGCAAAAAUAAGGAUGAGGCAGAAAGAACUUCACGAUGAAGAGGAGCGAAUACUGAAUCGGAGAGAAAUUAGUUCUUCAAGAAGUAUUAGAGGACCAAGUGAGGUUGACUAUUGCUCAACAGCAGCACCGUCUUUUUCCUCUAAGGUAGAAGGUGAGGAAGUUGUUACCUCUCUGGAGCCCUGUGCUUCUUCAGCAAUAGGUCCACCUUCACAUCCCAGGCAAAAUAGGGAAGACGAGUUUGACCUGGAUCUUGAGGACAUAAUGGUUAUGGAAGCCAUUUGGCUGUCUAUUCAGGAGAGCGGCAGGCAUCAAAAUCUGCCCUAUAGUCAAGCAGCUGCAUCAGACGAAUACACUGGAGAAGAUCGUAGUGUCUCAGCAUUGAUAGCCCCAGUGGCCGUUUCUUCGCCAACUCCUUCUGGCGGUCUUGCGUGUGCAAUAGCGACCCUAGCCGAGCAUCAUCAAGCGGGUGGAGAGUCCUCCAGUAAUUAUGGCGGCCACAUGUCUACAUACAACAUGCCUCGCUGUAGCAGUUUUUCCAACCAGGAACAAGAACCUGAAAAUUUCUUUCCUGCAGAAAGUGCCAUCGCUGCAUCACCUGGUAGUCAGUUGGCAAUGCCCAGGGAUUCUGGGGAAUGGGUCGAUCAUAGAUCGGAGGUAACUGAAGUUGGAACCAACUAUUCAGUUUCUGCUGCAGUACCCCAACAAGAUGAGGGUGAGUGUAGCUUCCAACCUGUUGCAGGAACCAUCGUUCCAGAGAGUUUUGAGGAACAGAUGAUGCUAGCCAUGGCUGUUUCACUGGCCGAUGCUCGAGCCAGGACAAGUGCACCAGGUGUUGCAUGGAACUAG